CGCGCUUCGCGGGGGGGAAGCGCCUCCGCCGCCGCCGGGAUCUUAUAUGGCGGCUAAGCGGCGGAAGGCGGCGGCCAGAGCGGGAGGGGGAGGGGAGGAUUUUCGCCUCCGGAGCCCCGUGAAGCGGAGCAGCAGCAGGCGGCAGAGACCCGCCGAGGGCGCUCAGGAUGGAGAGAGUCCCCGCGGCCAGCGCGGCUCCGAGGAAACAAGUUCAUAUAAGACUCCGACAAGAAAGCUGCCUGCCAGUUCACGUUUGCCUACUUUUAGUUCUCCUUUAAAUGAAACUGAUGUACAGCAAGAAAUCUUCUGGGAUCCUCAGUCACCAAGUGCAUAUAAGCUAGGCAAUGGACAAAAGAAACAGCUGGUUAGUGGGCAUACGGUUGAGAUUUCAGAAAUUGUUAAUCGGAUUGCUCCCCAUGAUGAAAAACCUGCCUGCUCUGAAGGAUCUCUUCUUGGGUUUUGGAUUGGUGAUGAUGCAAUUCCAUGUACUCCUGGAAUGCCAAAAGUACGAUGUAGAACAAAAGUAAAUGGUGCAAGAGGACUUCGGUUGAGAAACAGAGAAGAGGAGCUUAUGAAGUUGGCAAAGCAAUUUGACAAAAGCAUGACUGAUGCAAUCUGGGAUCAAAGUGCUCCAUGCCAUAAUAGCCACAUUAUAUCAGAGGCAAUGCUAUCAGUUGAAGAUCAAGAUGAAGCACAGGUGGAAAAUCAGCAGCAUUUCCUUGGAGAGCAUCCCCAAACUGAUGAUGCCUUGCCCUUUGGAGAAGUUAAGAAGAGUGCCGGGACAGCUGAGCACUGUGAAAACAGCAGCCAGAAGUCCAUAGAUCUUGAUGCUGAAGGAGCACUCAAUGCCCUCUUUGAUGGCCCUACCCAGCAAUGUAGUGGUCAGCUGAGCGAAGGCCUGUCAGAUUGUUCCUUGAACGAUAGUUUGCUGGAGGAAGGGUGCCCUCCAGAUGAAUUCACAGCUGCUACUGAAUUUGUGGUUGAGGAUGCACAUCAGAGACAAGAUUCAUCACCUACAAAAUCUAUGGAACACUUCCCUGCUGAAAAAGCUAGAAUGGCGUCUGAACAAACGGUUCCAAGUGCAGUCUCUUCUGAGAUAGAAUCUGUUGUCUCAAAUAACCUCGAUGGGAUGGUUGGUGAUGAUUUUGAUGACUGGGGUGCCGAUUUGCUGCCAGAUGAUUCAUUUCUAAUGCAAAUUACUCAGAACCCUGAAGUGAUCAAUGUUCCACAAAAUACUUUAGCUCAUACCUCUAACGAAACCAGUGAAACAAAGGAAGGAACUAUAGAUUCUGAGAAACCUUACGGUGCCCACUGCACAGUUUUAAAUUCCUCUAACAGUGUUCCAGCAUCACAUGCUGUUGAAAAGCAAAGUGUUAAGCUAGGAAAGGCAAAGGGUGUCCUGCAUGACGAUUGUAAUUCAAAACCCAAUAAACUAAAUUCCGUUUCUAAAAGUCAAAACAAAAUUUCUGCUUCAGUGAAACCUGAAACGGAGAGUAUAUGGGAAGGCUUUACUCAACUAAAAUCUGCCACUGGCAUCGGUUCUUCUGAAAAGAAAUCUGCUUUUUCAGUACAUUCUGAUGUCCCUGUAUUACGGACUGAAAAAUACAGAAAGGGUAUGCACAGUAUAUGCCAUCAGUCAUCCACGGUUUCUGCCAAUACAAGGCCUCACGACCUAAAGAAAGUGGCUAAGCAAGCCAGCGCAGGUCAUCUAAAGCAGAUGGAAGUGCCAAAGAAGAGUGCGUUUUCAUUUGAUGACUGGAACGAGCCUAGGUUCUCGGAUCAAGUUUUAGAAUUGUUUUGUGAAUCCAAUAGUCUUUGGGGCACAAGUUGUGAUGAUGCCGAUGACGACGACUUGCUUUAUCAAGUCUGCGGGGAUGUGGAAAAAACAAGUCAGAGCCAAGUUGCGGUGAAAGAGAAUGAAGAAGCUAAAUUGGUGAUAGGAAAUGCUUCCAAGUUAGAGGUUGGUCCUUGCCUCUCAGGGCACACACAAGAACUUUCUAAUGCCCCACCUCCUCAAAAGAGCCAUAUAGGUAGGAAAACCUUCUCAUUCCAUGCUCCUGUUACAGCUACAACACUACGUAUGAACGAGAGCUGCUCAAAUACUUCUGACAAGCACAGAUGGGCACAGUUUAACAGCGUUCCAGGGAAACUCAAUAGGUCAAGUUCAGUGCCUGGAGACUGUUUCACUUCUGCAACUGACUCAACUACUCUCUCGAAUACGUGUCUGAGUGUUAAUAGUAUACAGUGGCAGAAGGACCUGUGCCGUGUAAGCAAAGUACAAAAUAGUGGCAGUAUUAAUCAAGUGCCAGCUGAGAAAUCUAAGUAUGCGUUCAGGAAGACCAAUAGUUCCCAAGACCCAGGGAUGGACCAUAAAAAUGUAAAUGCAGGCAACCUUUCAAGAACAAAUGUAGCAUUGGGGGAAAGCAAGAAUCCACCAAACGUCCUGCUGCAGACAGCAAAGCAGCUGAACGCAAAGCCAGUCUUUAAGAGGCACCUCUCUGAGUGUUUCUCCCAGUCCGAAACAGAACAGAAAAGCAGAAAGUGUUCUCAAGAAGAAAUUGCAAGGAAAAAGCAAGAAGCUCUUGAGCGGAGAAAAUGUAAAAUGCAAGCAUUGGCUCAGAAAUAAAGCACCUACCUGAGUUGGCAGAUUUGGAAAUGGAGGCGUUGUCAAAAGAUGGGCAGCAGAACAAUCAGAGAUACUAAGCAGACAUUAUUAUUCUGUCCUUCUACCCGUUUUUUUUUUUCACCUUGCUCUGUCUAGAUUCUUAAAUGAAAUACUGAUACUGACAAGCAAGGAGCUGCUCUAUUUUGUUUUGAGUUUUGAAACACUAUUGUUUACCGCUGUGAAUGGUUGUUUUUUUUCCUGGUAACUCAGUUACUUUGCUUAACAAGAAGUUUGGCAUCAGCUGUGCCAUGUCAAAGAUGUGACAGUUUUUAUCUGGGAAUAUGUGAAAAGUCCAGUGUCUCAAGGUAUUUGAAUUUAAUAGCCAUCUUCCCAAUACAAAGCAACUCCUAUGCCAUUUAUUCUAGGAUUUUGGUUGGCAUUGUUUCAAACAGAGCAGUUAGUGGCAUGUAGCCAUAGAGUAAAUACAAAACUGCCAUGUUUAGCCUAGACAUCUAUUCACAGCUCAAGACCAUUUUUAUUUUUGAGUUGCCACUGCAGUAUAGUGGGAAAGUGUUGUUUUUUUAAUUUUGUGAACAGACAGUACAACGAAGGAAAGUUUUCUAUAAUUUAUUCAUCUUUGUAAAUUACGUGUACUUUGUAAAAUGUGAUUAAAAACUGCAAC